UCCUAGUUGAGUUCGGGUCCCAGAAAAUAGCAUGACUCAAAGGUCAAAACUCGGAUUGACUUUACCUCUGACUUUAGAACAGAGUAACGAAAUUCUGUUUUGUUAGUGCUUUCUUUGCUGCCACCAAAAUAGGAAACAACGAUAUCUGAGCUUUUAUGAGAUAACCGAAAUCCAAAUCUUUUUCGAAAUCCAAAAUUCUCAUAAAGGAACAAAAAUCUCAGAAAUGUGUUAUUUUGAGCUCGACCCAUGAUCAAAACGAAGUCACGGUGCCUGAGGAAUUUAGGGUUUUACUGGGCCCUAUUAAUGCUAGUCUCCUGCUCAUCCUUCCGUGCGCCUUUUCAUUGAAGCCGGCAGUGUUAUAUUACACUGGUGUUCUUGAGUUCUUCAGCUUCGGAAUUCAAUGGGUCGCUCACGUGGAAAUUUCCACUCUGCUGAUGAGGACCCGACCCAAAGAUCAAGGAGAAAAAAGAAUGCCUCCAGUGGUGAAAAUUCAGAAUCUUCAGCUGCAGGUCAAGGAACAAGCGAAGGGAAAAGAGCUUUAUACCACUGCAAUUAUUGCAACAAAGACAUUACAGGAAAGAUCCGAAUCAAGUGCGUCAUGUGCCCCGAUUUUGACCUAUGUAUUGAGUGUUUUUCUGUUGGAGCUGAGAUGACACCUCAUAAGAGCAAUCACCCUUACAGGGUUAUGGACAAUUUAUCUUUCCCUCUUAUUUGUGCUGACUGGAAUGCAGAUGACGAAAUACUGCUCCUAGAGGGGAUUGAAAUGUAUGGAAUGGGUAACUGGGCUGAAAUUGCUGAGCAUGUAGGGACUAAGAGCAAAGAAGAAUGUAUAGAACACUAUACAAAUGUCUAUAUGAGCUCUCCAUACUUCCCUCUUCCGGACAUGUCUCAUGUUGUCGGAAAAAAUAGAAAGGAGCUUCUUGCUAUGGCUAAAGGACAUAGUGAGGACAAGAAAGGAUUUCCUAUGAUAGGGGAGCUUAAUUUGAAGGAAGAAUCUCCUUUUUCUCCUUCAAGAGUCAAAGUUGAAGAUUCACAUAAAGGUGGUUCCUCUGGACGCUUAUUGUCAAGCUUAAUUUCUGAGGUUGAAUCUGGGGUCCGCUGUAGUGGCUCAAGUGCAGCAUCAACAGCUGCUAACAAGAAGGCAUCAAACAUAGCCCAGGUCAAAGAUGGCGCUGGUGUUAUUAAAGUGGAAGAUCCCCAUGCAGACAGGAGCUUUAGCGGAAAGAAACGGAACACUUCGGUGAAUGAGGGUCCUUCUUUAGUUGAGUUGAGUGGCUAUAACCCCAAAAGGCAGGAGUUUGAUCCUGAAUAUGAUAAUGAUGCUGAACAAUUAUUGGCUGAGAUGGAAUUUAAGGAUACAGACACAGAGGAUGAACGUGAGCUGAAGUUGAGAGUGCUACGAAUCUAUUCAAAGAGGCUUGAUGAGAGGAAGCAUAGGAAGGAUUUCAUAUUAGAAAGAAACUUGUUAUAUCCAAAUUCUUUUGAGAAGGACUUCUCACCUGAAGAGAGGGCAAUCUGUCGGCAAUAUGAUGUCUUCAUGCGUUUUCAUACCAAAGAAGAGCAUGAGGAUCUGCUUCAGACUGUUAUUGCAGAGCAUCGGACACGGAAGCGAAUUCAAGAACUUAAGGAAGCUCGAGCUGCUGGUUGCCGCACAUCGGCUGAGGCCGAUAGAUACCUUGAACAGAAAAGGAAAAGGGAAGCAGAAGAAAAUGCUUGUAGACCAAAAGAAAGCGCUCAGGUUGGUCCAAGCACUCAGGCUGGUCCAAAUGCGUUCAUGGCUUCAGAGUCUGCUGGCAAGGAGUUAAAUUCCAGGCCAGCAGGACUGGCUACUCCAAGCUCUGUGAAUGAUUUAGAUAUAAUGGGCAGUUAUAGGGCAGAUCUAUUGUCUGAAAGUGAGAAGCGGCUGUGCAGCGAGACUCAGCUACCCCCACCUCUUUAUCUUAAGAUGCAAGAGGUUAUGUCAAUCGAAAUCAUCAGGGGUAAUGUCGCAAAGAAAUCCGAUGCCCAUAACUUGUUCAAGCUUGAAACUAGCAAAAUUGACACGGUUUAUGAUAUGCUUGUGAAAAAGGGGAUUGCACAACCAUGAAACCAUCCCAUCCCGUGCUUUACAUUUUUGUUGAUCUUAUUGGUAAAUUAUUUCAUUUAUCUCAGUUUUUACAUGGAAAUUAAGAACAUGAUCUAUCUUA